UGACCAAUUAUUGAAAGCGUUAAAUCAAAAUUUAGCAAUAAAAUAUGAAGAAAAUUAUUGGAAUUGUUUUUACUUUGAUUGUGAAUGUUUUGACGACAGAAAUAAAUUUAGAUGAAAUCUGUGAUGGAAUUCUUUACAGUUCAUUAAUGAAUCCGUCUGAUUCAAAUUCCUUUAUUGGAUGUGCAAAAGGAAAAGGAACAAUUUACAAAUGUGACCAUCCGGAUGAAGUUUUUGAUUCAUUUCUUGUGUCGUGUAUCAAAGAAAAAAUUGACGCGAUUUUUUAUCAAGACGAAGUGAUUGCUGACUUUGUAGAUUAUAAACAUGAGAACAGCAUAAACAACGAGAAAAAUUACUUCAAUGAUGACUUUUCGGGGUCGGGAUCUGGAGAUUAUUCAACGACUGAACCGUCAACAACAUCAUCACCACCAUCAGAAAUUAACAUUAGUUUUGUUUGUCCUUUAAGUGGCUAUGGAAAGAUUCCAAGCAAAUAUUACUGUGAAACAUAUUACGAAUGUAUUUUGGGGAUUCAAUACUUUAGACAAUGUCCAGAUGGUGAAAUAUUUGACAUAAUAACCAGCAAUUGUGGCGAUCCCAAAACAUCUCUCUGUGGUGAAAUUAUUCGAUGCAUCUAAACCAUAA